AUGACGACUGCAAAAGACUACCUCGAAGCGGUACUCGGCCAGUAUGGGUACAGCUUCGAGAACCCCCCGCCGAAGGAAAUCGUAGACCACCUCAAGACGCGGUACGCUGACUGGAUGCCCGCUUUCUGCUAUGAGGAGCCCCGGAGCGACUACUGCGAGGGCGUGCCGUCGUACUACAUGUACCGCAUUGCACUCGCACCCAACGUCCUCUUCGUCGUCCUCUUUGGGCUCUCGCUCAUCGCCUUCGUGGCCACCUACGCCGCCACCCGCCGCGGCUUGGCGUUCAACAUCGCCAUGAGCCUGGGCGUCAUCACCGAAAUUAUCGGCUAUGUCGGGAGGAUCAUGAGCUGGGGCAACCAGUGGGACGAGGUCGGCUUCAUGAUCCAGGUCUGUGCCCUCACCAUCGGCCCGGCGUUCCUGGCCGCCGGGAUCUACCUUUGCAUCCGCCAGAUCGUGACGGCGUUUGGGCCGGAUAACUCGAGGAUCCCGCCGAAGUGGUACACCGGAAUCUUCAUCCCCUGUGACCUGAUCUCCCUAGUCUUCCAAGCCGUCGGCGGCGCCCUCGCCUCCGUCGCCAACCACCGCCGCGAGCCCACCCGCACCGGCGACAACAUCAUGAUCGCCGGCCUCGCCUUCCAGGUCUUCACCAUGCUCAUCCUCAUGCUCGUCGCCGCCGACUUCGCCCUGCGCAUCCACCGCCGCGCCCGCCGCGCCCACCUGCCUAACCUCUCCGCCGCCCUCGACAACCACCCGGCCAUGGUGCGCCUGCGCGCCUCGCGCCGCUUCAAGGCCUUCCUCUCCGCCCUGGCCCUCGCCACGGUCUGCAUCUUUGUGCGCUGCGUCUUUCGCGUCGUCGAGCUGAGCGGCGGCUGGACGGGGCCUCUGAUGGGGCGCCAGGGCCUGUUUGUUGGGUUCGAGGGCGUCAUGGUCGCUGCUGCUGUUCUGGCGCUCAACCUGUUCCACCCGGCGUUCUGCAGCAAGGAGCUACUCGAGCCGCCGCCACGUAGGGAAGUUGCCAGGAGAACACCUAGAGAGGAGCCGAGCUUCAAGAUGGUGAAUUUUGUCAUUGAUAAUGAUGGGGGCUCCCGUCCAUGA